AUGGCAACGGGAUUUGACCGCCGCCCCUUUCCCAACACUCACAUCUCUGACGCUGCGUGUAUCUUUGUCUUCUCUGUCUCCGUCUCUGUCUCUGUCUCGUCUCUCUCUCUCUCAAGCUCUCUCAAGCUCUCUCAAGCUCUCUCUCUCAAGCUCUCUCUCUCCAGCUCUCUCUCUCUCUCUCUCUCUUUAUUUUUUUUUCUCUCUCCAGCUCUCUCUCUCUCUCUCUCUCUCUCUCUCUCUCUCUCUCUCUCUCUCUCUCUCUCUCUCUCUCUCUCUCUCUCUCUCUCUCUCUCUCUCUCUCUCUCUCUCUCUCUCUCUCUCUCUCUCUCUCUCUCUCUCUCUCUCUCUCUCUCUCUCUCUCUCUCUCUCUCUCUCUCUCUCUCUCUCUCUCUCUCUCUCUCUCGAACACACACCCUGUCCACUUGCGAGGAUCGAGUGUUCGCGGCGGCACACGGAGUGAUUGGUCAAGUGUUGUCGGGUUGGGUUUCGUGUCGUGCGCGUUUGGCCCUGUUCUCGUGCAUUUGGAAGUCACACGAGACGGCCCGCCAUGCCGAGCCCCCGAGUCACACCGAGGCCGUGCAUAGUGUGCCUCGCCAGGAGAACGACCCAGGCCAUGAUAACAGCUCGACCUGGCAGCGCAACUCCCACAAUCCAACUCAUGCACCUCGUGCCAGCUCAAGCAGUGGUCACCGGGUCCUUCCCCCGACCCCGGCACAAGAAUCCCAGCUCGCCAAACAGCGCCUGUCAAAGGAGUUUACGCCUCAAACCAACGUGUAUGGCCCUGGCAAGGUCUCGGCGCGCCGUAGCAGUGAAAGUUAUGGGCAGCAUGGUGAGCGUGACACAUCGGGACGGACCGUCAAUCCACUGACAAACAUGCCAGAAGGGCUUGCCAAGCAGAAGUUCCACGUCUCUACGAUGUCCAUGAGUGAAGAAUACAUGCACGGUCGAGGCAAAUGGCGAUCCAAUCAUGGCGUUAGCGAGCGUGACCCUGUUGGCAAGCUGCCCGGCUUCCAACCGGGCAUGACGGCGGAGCAGGUCAAGACGUAUAAGGAAGCUGGAAACUGGAUUUCUUCCUUGCGCGUUCAAAACGAUACGCCCCAACGCAUCGCGACUCAUGACAAAUGGUGGCGCCCCACCACCGCCGACAAGGAGAUUGAUGUACAUGAGGAACACGUGACCAUGCCGGAAGUUUAUCACCGCCUCACAAAUCACGGAAGCUAUACCGGCACGCACAAGGCCCGAUUCGGCAAGGAUGGUGUGGGCCUUGGUCUCGAGGGGCGUCGUGAUGACGAUGAGACUAAUGUAGCCAUUGCUGGCCAAGCCAUCAUCACCCGUGAAGUUGACGAUGAAAUGGAUCGUCCGCACCGCCCCGCCAUGCCCUGGGAGGCUGAAAAGAAAGCGAUGCGCUCGUCGACGACAAGUGCAGGGCCCUCACGCCCCGUCUCUCGUGCUGGUGCAAAGAGCAAGAGCGACUCCGUCUUUAUGCGUCUCUACGAACCAGCUCGCGUCCACGUCAGUAAAACUUUGAUCGCUUCUGCACUGGCUUGA